AAACCAACAUUACACUUUGUGAUAAUCUUCAUCACAUUCUCACUAAUCCAUAAUUUACUACAUUGCCUUAAUAUAAUCAAACUUUUCCUUCAUCCGUUAAUUCACUUCGACCGUUGCCUCCACCGGAACCCUCGCUCUCCCACAUGUCCACCGCCAAAUCACGCAACUUCCGCCGCCGUGGCGGCGGUGACACCGAAGCCAACGACGAAGACGGCGAUACCUCCACCCUCUCGUCCAGACCCCCUUCGUCCGCCAAACCCAAGAAGCCUCAAGUCCCCAAACUCCUCAGCUUCGCCGACGACGAAGAUAACGAAAACCCUCGUCCACGAUCCGCAAAACCUCAACGUUCCACGAAACCCUCUUCCGCUCACAAAAUCACCACUCAUAAAGACCGAAUAGCGUCUUCUUCCCCUUCGGUUCCUUCCAAUGUUCAACCCCAAGCUGGAACCUACACAAAAGAAACCCUUCGCGAGCUUCAGAAGAACACCCGAACCUUGGUCACCAGCAGCAGCUCCUCUCGGCCCGAGCCCAAACCCCCCGCCGAACCUGUCAUCGUCAUCAAGGGCCUCGUCAAACCAGUAGCUUCGGAGCCCCAGGGUCGGGAAUCGGACUCCGAGGGGGAUCACAAAGAGGUUGAAGGCAAAUUGGGUGGCUUAGGCCUUCAUAAUGGGAAGGACUCGUUCUUCCCCGAUGAAGAAAUGAUCAAGGCUAUUCGGGCGAAGCGGGAGCGCCUCCGGCAGGCGCGCCCUGCUGCACCGGAUUAUAUCUCGUUGGAUGGAGGCAGCAAUCAUGGUGCUGCUGAGGGGCUGAGUGAUGAGGAGCCGGAGUUUCGGGGCCGGAUUGCAAUUUUGGGUGACAAGGUUGAAGGUGGGAAGAAGGGGGUUUUUGAGGAGGUGGAGGAGAGGAGAGUGGGUGUGAGGUUUAAGGAGGAAGAGGAGGAUGAUGAGGAGGAGGAGAAGAUGUGGGAAGAAGAACAGUUUAGGAAAGGGUUGGGGAAGAGAAUGGAUGAAGGGUCUGCUAGAGUUGAUGUUCCUGUUGGGCAAAGUGCUCAACAGCACAAGUAUGUUGUUCCCUCUGCAUCAACUGUGUAUGGUUCUGUUCCAAAUGCCGCUGCAUUAGUGAGUCCUGGCAUCGGAGGAGCAAUUGAAUCGAUGCCGGCUUUGGAUGUCUUGUCCAUAUCGCAGCAAGCCGAGAGUGCGAGGAAAGCCUUGGUCGAGAAUGUGAGGAAGCUUAAGGAUUCUCAUGGAAGAACUAUGUCAUCAUUGAGUAAAACUGAUGAAAAUUUGUCUGCCUCACUUUUGAACAUUACUGCACUUGAAAAUUCAUUAGUAGUAGCUGAUGAGAAGUACAGGUUUAUGCAAAAACUCCGAAGUUAUGUCACAAAUAUAUGUGACUUUUUACAGGUAAUAGUAUUUUUUGUAUUCUUUUGUUUUCCUAAAUCCUUCAUAAUUAACUGUAAAAUGGUACUGGAUUCCUCUAUAAUAUUUAUUUAAGUUCUCUUUUCACCC